AUGCCUCGCAGACGGAGUACCUUCACCGAUAUGUCCCCCGAUGAGCAAUUGGCCAGUAGUUUCGAAACCGCACCACGCGGGUACAUCCACCAGACACGCCGACCCUCCACCCACUCCCGCAAGAGCGCACAGAACCAGAGCCAGAGUCUGUUCAUGUCUGCCCUACCCUUGGUGCUGGUACCUUUCCUUGUACUUGCGCUGUCGUCCGGGGUGUUAGAGGCGGAUCACAACACAUGGGGGCGAGUGCCCUAUCCUGGGGGGGUAGGCCGUACGCUGAUGGGGCAGAGUGCCUCUAACGAAGGGGGAGGUGUCUGCAUAGGAACUCCCUUGGAGUGUGCCAUUGGCCUGGUGCUGGGGUGGGCCUCGUCGGUGCUGUAUGUGGUAUCACGUAUACCUCAGCUGUACAAAAACUACGUUCGCAAGUCCUGCGAGGGUCUCUCUGUCUGGAUGUUCUUCUUCGGAGUGAUCGGAAACCUAACAUACUCACUGUCCAUAUUCGUAAAGUCCACCGAAGCCGACUACCUUCUCAAUUCCCUGCCAUACAUCAUCGGGAGUAUUGGAACUCUAGGGUUUGACCUUACCAUCUUCCUGCAGUUUUUUCUCUAUAACAAUGCCCCUGCCGGAGGCUACGAUGUCAUCAAUUAAGCGAGCCAUGCAGAUUGUCGUAUGCCGCGUACCUUCGAAGUCGACGGGAUUAGAUGAUUUUGAAAGCGUUAACAGAGAUUGUAAGAUGCUCAUGGCGUAGAGACGCAUCUGAAUAUUUUCGAUGCCAGUGUAAGAUUAGAAAUAAAGAUUUAUGCUAUGCUAC